GUUAAAGGCUGUGGUGUAACUUAGGUCGGUCCCGAAGAGCUUUAGGUGUAUUGAUCAAAAGGCCGUGUUGCCGUAGGUUGAAUGAAAGGUUUGGGAAGAAGGAAGAGAGAAUUGAAGCAAUAGGUGUUUUUAAUAAUUCUUUCCCAUCCUGCCUUGCUUGUCACCCUCACUCUUUCUCACCUUAGUAUUCGGUCAGUAGUCGGUGAGGACAACCGUCCAGCUACUCUUGACACCGGCGUCACCCAAACGCAAAUCGCAGUCUUUUGUUUGCUGCCCGCUCUCCCCACCUCAACUUUUCUGUCCUACAAAACCACAAAAUCAUGCUGGCCUCGUCUGCGAUCAAGCGAGUUCCAGUGCGAAGAUUGGCUGCUGGUGCUUUGGCUGUUCGAGCACCCUCUUCGACCAUUCGCCAGUCACGGACUUUUGCUCCUUUCCCUUCCCGAGUUGUGCCCGCCAUGGCUUCGUCUUUCUCGACCUCUGCCUCCAAAGGGUCGUCUAUGCCUUCAAAGGCACCCGAGGCCGCCUACGAUAGCGAGAUAACAGACAUUGCUUCUUACGUCCACAACUACAAUAUCGAUUCGGAGCUUGCCCUCGACACCUCCCGCUACAUCCUCCUAGACACCAUCGGCUGCGGUCUUGAAGCCCUGCGUUUCCCACAGUGCUCGGCUAUCCUCGGCCCAACUGUUGAGGGUACUCAAGUACCCAACGGUGUUCGCGUCCCGGGCACUCCUUUUGUGCUUGACCCAGUCAAUGGUGCUUUCAACAUUGGCGCUAUGAUAAGAUGGCUGGAUUACAACGAUUGCUGGUUGGCGGCCGAAUGGGGUCAUCCUUCAGACAACUUGGGAGCCAUCCUGGCCGUGGCAGACUGGAUCGCACGAACAAACAGAGCUGGAGGUAACCUGGGCAAUGGCAAGAUCCCUACCAUUCGUGACGUCUUGGAGGGUAUGAUCAAAGCACACGAGAUUCAAGGAUGUUUGGCUCUGGAGAACUCGUUCAACCGAGUCGGACUAGAUCACGUCAUGCUUGUCAAGGUCGCCUCUGCAGCCGUUGUCAGCAAGAUGCUGGGUCUCAACGAGAAGGAGACUGCCGCCGCCGUCUCUCAAGCAUUUGUCGACGGACAAAGUUUGCGUACUUACCGACACACACCCAACACCAUGUCCCGAAAAUCAUGGGCCGCCGGUGAUGCAUGCCAAAGGGCUGUGAACCUUGCCCUCAAAGUCAAGCAGGGUCAAUCUGGCGUCCCAACUGUCCUGUCUGCUCCUGUUUGGGGGUUCUACGAUGUUCUGUUCAAGGGCAAGAAGUUCGAGUUCCAACGUCCUUAUGGCGAGUAUGUCAUGGAGAAUGUUCUUUUCAAGGUCUCAUAUCCUGCUGAGUUCCACUCGCAGACCGCUGUGGAGGCCGCUCAGAAAAUCUACAAGAUCCUUGCGGACAUGGGUAAAUCGGCAAAGGACAUCAAAGAGGUUACCAAUCGCACUCAUGAAGCUUGCAUUCGUAUCAUUGACAAGCAAUUCAAGCCUAUGGACAAUUUCGCUGACCGAGACCACUGCGUACAAUACAUGGUUGCCACCAUGUUGUGCUUCAACAGACUCGAAGCUACGGACUACAUCGACGGUAGCGAGGCUGCUGAGUCGCCUCUGCUGGAAGAUCUUCGCAAGAAGAUCAAGUGUGUUGAAGACCCCCAGUUCACCAAGGACUACCAUGACCCCAGCUUGAGGACCAUUUCCAACGCUUUGACCGUGACCUUGAACGAUGGCACUGUGUUGGAUGAGGUCGUUGUUGAGGCACCACUUGGGCACCGUCUCCGACGUGACGAAGCCAAGCCUGAGAUUCUUGCCAAGUACAAGAGACAUUUGGGCCAUCACUUCGAUGGUGCCAAGAUUGAUGAGCUUUUGAAACUCGGUACAGACGCCUCCAAGUUGGAUACGAUGGAGGUUGACAAGUAUAUGGAUCUAUAUGUCAAGGAGAAGAUGGAGUGGUAGACGGAAAAUAUUCGUGAAUCUUUGGUUGCAUGUGUGUGUUGGAUAGAUUCCCCGGAAAUCGAGACUAUCAAAAACAUUCGGG